AGUCGACAACGGAUACUUGUGAGUUGCAAACGCGAUAAAAGUGUGAGCAGUGAUCUUAAAUUACAAAAUUUAUAUCGUACUAUAUUACGUGUAUUGUGAAGCACAGCUUUAAUUAAGUGAGUGAAUCUCCAAGAAUAUAUUGUUCCCAAUAGAUUUUAAAAUAUGCCCGAAAAAAGUCCGGAGGAGAUAAAAGAUUUGCUAAAACAAUUCAGAGAAUGGAUAAACAGCGAUCCGCAACUGCCAAAUGAUAUUGAGGACAGAAUAUUGACGCGAUUCCUCCACGGCUGCCACUACGACUUGGAGAAGACAAAGAAUGCUUUCAAGAUAUUUAUAUCGGUUAGGGAACAAUGUCCAGAACUGUUAUGUGAUAGAGAUCCACUUUCACCUCAAGUCCAGAAGAUGUUCACAUUCUUAAAACAAGCUCAGAUUAUGCUCUCGAACAACAGAAAGCUCUGGAUAUGGAAAUUGGACGAUCCUGGACUACAAAAUUUCGACUCAUUUCAAGACGCGAAAAUGUUUUUCAUCACGACAGAUAUGUGGCUAUUGUUUGACGAUAUAUUAGAGGAUGAAGACAUAUUGCUGACUGAUACCAAAGAUAUAAUAUCGAUGAAGUUUUUCUUUACCAAAUUCAGUUUCUCUAUAGCAAGGAAGAUGAUGAGAUAUCAGCAGGAGGCGUUACCGGUACGAUUAAAGCAGAUACAUGUUGUGAAUGCUCCUCCCUUUAUAGAUAGAAUAUUUAGUUGGUUAAAGCCGUUUUUAAAGAAGGAAAUCACAGAAAUGGUUAGUAUAAAAAUUAGGCAAUAUAUAUUUUUUAGAGUACAAUCUUGAUAUACUUACAAUGUUAGUAAAAUUAAAUUCCAUCUCAAUCACUGGCAAAAUUUAUUUUAGAUUUUUGUAGGAUAGAUGUAAAUAGAUUGAAUUCAAAAUGUAUAUGUACUAAUAUUAUAAAGCUGAAGAGUUUGUUUGUUUGUUUGUUUGAACGCGCUAAUCUCAGGAACUAGUGGUUUGAAUUGAAAAAAUAUUUUUGUGUUGAAUAGACCAUUUAUCGAGGAAGGCUUUAGGCUAUAUAACAUCACGCUGCAACUAUUAGGAGCGAAGAAAUAAUCACAUAUAAUAAUGAAAUAAUACCUAUCGAUGCUUGAUAAAAUAAAAGGGUUAAGAUCAUCAGUAAACUAAGUAAACAAAUUACAAAACGAACAUUCCACUAAUAGGCUAAUUGCAACUGAAUCUUGUCAUACACAAUAUAUAGAAGAAUGGAAAUAUACGAUUUUCUUGUAUCAAUGCACACUUUGGACUCUCAGGCAAUGAGCUAGCUGACCAAGCCGCUAAAGUCACAGCCUCUGAAGAUACGCCAGUGGAAUUUGCACCAAUAUCAUUAUCCAAUAUCAUACCACAAGAGAAUGGCAAGAUCGGAAACUAACAAAGUAAUAGACGAUAGAUAUUGCACUUUAUCCAAUAACGUACCGUACAAGAGAAUGGCAAGUUCGGAAACUACCAAAGUUAUAGACGAUAGAUAUAGGAUACAGCACAACGGGAAAUUAUACAAAAAACUUAAUGCC